GACCACUUGGUCACCAAGUCAGAGAUCGGAACUCUCCAGCGGGACGGGUCCUUCAAAGACCGCUUCGGGCAGCAGCUCUUUGCAGCAGAUGCAAAUGGAGACGGGGCACUUACACGCCAAGAAUUCCAGGCGGGUUUGAUCAGCGUUGCAGCGUCCUUUAGCAGUGACAUUGCCCAACUCUAUCAGGAAGUAAGCUCAAAGUUUUGGCUGAUUCCAAAGAGAAGUUAUUGCUGCAACGCGCAGGGCAUUUGCGCCCCCGAGCCGCCGCCAACUGCACCGUCAAACGAUACCACUACGGCAGAGCCUUCAUACAAUUGCCACGAAGACUAUGACAACAGACUCAGCUGGCCAGAGCACAAGCGAGCAUGGUGCUGUGCACGGUAUCAUGUGGCCUGCUUCCAUGCUCCGGUGGAGCUGUAUCAUUGCGACCGUGGCUACGGCCAGUGGGAAAGUGCAUGGUCUCCCCACAAGAAGGCAUGGUGUUGCUUCCACCUGGGCAAAGGCUGCAAUUUCCAUUACCACGACUACCACUAUCACGUUCACCAUGCAGCCUACGACUGUCAAGCAGGCUUGUCCAACUGGAAGGCAGGAUGGUCAUCAAACAAGAAAGUCUGGUGCUGCCAGCAUGAAGGAACUGGAUGCGUGUCAAAGUUUGAUUGCCAUGCUGGACUUGCCAACUGGCAUGCUGGAUGGUCACCCCACAAGAAGGAGUGGUGCUGCAGCAACUUUGGGCUUGGAUGUUUGGCGUCAAAGCCCUUUGACUGCCUGGCGGGCUACUCUAACUGGCAAGCCGGGUGGUCCGAAGCGAAGAAGUCAUGGUGCUGUGCGCACGAGAACAAGGGAUGCGGGUCCGGCGACUAUGUUGCAGGGCAGUACUAUCACUAA